AUGUGGGAACAAGAGUUCCUUUCUGAAGACGUGUCGGGGUAUAUCCCCUAUGACCAGGGUUUUGUCCCUCGGGACGAAGACUGGGCCGAGAAACGUAAGAGAGAUGAGAACGACGAGGAAGAGAAGAAGAAGAAGAAGAAGAAGACGAUCCAGGACUUCUUCGGCAUCCCGGCAGCCGUCGCCCCGGAGGAGCGGGUUGCGGCGGCUGUCGCGGCUUGCAAAAAGAGCCUGGCGACAAUGUCGCCCAAGUAUCAACGCCGCCUUCAGGCGAAGAAUCUGGAGUUAGAACUCGCUGGGAUUUCUGAGUGA